AUCAGUGUAUCUUUAUCCCAAAAGGCCACAAUUUUUAGGGACAGCCACCACAAAUUUUAAUGAAGCAUCAAUUCAAUGGACAAGAUGGGUAUCCGGCCUUACUAGUGUUGCUAUUUCUAGGUUUUGCCCUCUCAUUUGUGGGCCUCUAAAGAUGUCUUUGGUUCAUCUUAUGUGCUAUUUAGAAGCUGCAUGUAUGCCUCUUCUUUGUUGCCUCUCUGUUUGGGGUUUUGCUCUUAUACCUCAACUUUGUCUCUUCAAUGGCAUCCCUUUAUACCCAAAGAUUUCGGACUCGAACUUCAUCGUAUUUUCGAUAAUUUUCAUAUCCGCUAUUUCAAAAAGCUUAUAUGAAGUCGUUUCAUUCGGUGAUCAAUUUAAGGUAUGGAAAAAUGAAUGGAGAAUAUGGAUGGUGAAAUCCGUAACAUGUUAUACUUACGGAAGCUUGGAUGCUAUUUUGAAUAAGCUUGGCAUAAAGGAAGCUAGCUUUUUGCCAACCAAUAAAGUAACAGAUGAUGAACAAGUUAAGCUAUACGAGAUGGGUAUUUUUGAUUUUCGUGCAGCCACCAUGUUUCUUGCUCCAUUGGUUACAGUUAUUCUCGUAAACUUUGUAGCAUUUGCUGGAGCUGUUGUCAAAGCUUUGGUUAUGGAUGAUAAUGGAGAUCGGUACUGGGAAAAGAUGUUCAGCCAAAUGUUUCUUUCGUUUUACAUAUUGGUUUCGAAUUAUGCAAUUAUUGAAGGGAUGAUUAUAAGGAAAGAUAAGUCUAGUAUUCCACUAUCUGCUACUUUGCGGUCUGUUGUAUUUUCAGUAUUUAUCUUGUUGAUUGGCUCUGUCAUUUUGUGUUAAAUUCUGACAUUGGAAAAAUAAAAAACCUUUAUUAAGAUUUCUAA